GUCUCACCGGGGUGCAGGUUAGGCAGGUGAAGCACCUCCCCGGAAACGGAGCUGGAGCACCCCACCUGCCCCGCUCAGAUUGGAUCCAGCCGUUCCAGGCUUCUCGAGCCAGCGGUGACAGCUGAGGCCAUGUGAGUGGAUCCUGAAUGAGGCUUUAUCUCUGGCUCUCCGUCAUCGUCCACCGUCCACCGUGGCACCAGCUCCCGCGGCCACAGCCGGGAUGGGACAGGCAACUGAGAGAGGCAGAGAGAUGAUGGUGACUUUAGCCCGGACUGUGGAAGGAAUAGGACUCUGGGCUUCCAGCUGCCAAGCAGGUGGUGGGGGCUCCAGGCCCUGAUCCAUACCCUUCAACCCCUCCCUGGUGCUGCCCUCAGCCCUGACUUGUCCCAGGCCCAGCCAUGCCGGAAGGAGAGGCGCGAGCCCCGCCAGGCAGGGGGCUGCCGCCAGAUGUGCUGGCGGAGCAGGUGGAGUUAUGGUGGUCCCAGCAGCCGCGGCGCUCCGCGCUCUGCUUUGGCAUGGCCGUGGGCCUUGUGACUGGCUGCGGGGCGGGCGGUGUGGCGCUGCUCGCCUCCACCAGCAGUCGCUCGGGUGAGUGGCGGCUGGCAGUGGGCACCGUGCUCUGCCUGCUGGCCCUGCUCGUUCUGGUUAAGCAGCUGAUGAGUUCAGCCGUGCAGGACAUGAACUGCAUACGCCAGCCCCAACACGUGGCCCUGCUGCGCAGCGGUGGCGGUGCCGAUGCCCUCAUGGUGCUGUUCAGUGGCCUAGUGCUGCUGGUCACUGGCCUGACGCUGGCUGGGCUGGCCGCCGCCCCUUCCCCUGCCCGGCCACUGGCUGUCAUGCUGUCCGUGGGCAUCGCCCUGGCUGUCUCCGGCUCACUCUUGCUACUGGGCUUGCUGCUGUACCAGGUGGGCGUGAGUGGACACUGCCUCCCGAGCCGCGCAGCCGCCCCCUCCGCCCACAGUGACCACGGUAGCAUCGGCAGCAUCUUCAGCAUCUCAGGACGGCUGUCUGCUGGCCAGCGUCAUGAGACCACAUCCAGCAUUGCCAGCCUCAUCUGACCAAGCCAGAGCCCUUUCCACGGCCUGGUGCAGCCUCCGCAGCUCUGUGCCAGGGCGUGAGUGAGUGUGUGUGUGCACAAGUCCCCGGGACUGCCCAGCCCCUCUGUGGGACUGCGUGAUGUGUGACGAGACCCUGAAUGUGCCCACACAUCCACACCACGGCAAGGUGUCUUCUUGGAGCUGGGUGUUGUGCCCGUGGAACUGUCAAAGGCUGCCUGUUGGUAUCUGGGGUCUCCAGGCAGAGAAGCGCCUGGGAUCCCUGGACAUCCUUGGCUCCUUAUUCCCAACACCCCUCCCAGCCAAACCUGCCCUCUAACACUCGCCAGGGAUUUCCCCAGGAGUGAGCGUUGUCCCUGCCCCAGAGCGUGCACCGGCGAGUCUCCAUUGAAGAAGAGCACUGGUGACAAAGGGGCAAGAACUUGGGCUCCAGAAUGGGACAGGACCGGAUUGGACUCCCCCCUCUACCACUUCCCAGCUCGGGACCUUGGGCAAGUGACUGGACCUCUCUGAGCCUCAGUUUCUUGAGAGUCAUGGUUGUGGCCAUGGUAAUCAGUUCUGAGGAUCGAAUGACAUGUAUGGAAGGACUGGGUACU